CUUUACAAAGUAUAUGCAGCAGGAAUUUUACUAACUAAAACUUACCUCAUGGGUUCGAAAAUGAGUUGCUUCGCUUGUUCGGCAAGAGAAAGACGACUUCGUCGAACGCUUAAGCAGAGUGGAAGGUCUUCUAGUAAAAGAUGUAGGUAUGAUGAAUCUGCCUAUGAAGCGAUGGGACAACCAAGUUUCCAUAUGCAUCGAAUCCAGAGCCAGAGGGGUGAAUUUGGUGAAGCAAGACGACUACAGAGAGUUGAUACGUACAGAGAAGUACAACGACAUGAGCAACUAGCAAAAGCGAUCAGUUCUCAUCCUUAUCAAAAACAGCCUUCCGUUGAUAACUCCAUAAACAACCAGAACCAACCAACUGCCUCUCAGCAUGAAGGCGCAUCAAAGAAUAUCGGUUGCAGUAUUGAGAUAUUGGACUGUCCGGAAAUGUCGACAAUCUCUUUGCGGAGUCAUCAAUCUGUUCGGAAUUUAUCCAGUCGACGAUGCUCGGUAGAGGGCGCAGCGGAGCAAGUUAUGUGCACACCUAGUGACGAGCGUAAAACAGAAGAUCAGAUGUUUGAUUCGUGUGGUCGGAAUGAUGACGCAACAAUAACAACACUUACAGUGCCACCGAAUUCAGUGAACAGUCAGUUCAUAUCGGGCAUUACUCCACUUGAGAGUAUUCAAGAAAAUGAUGAUGAAAACAGCAACGACUCAGUCUUUAUUCGAGGAAACGAAUAUUUCUAUGAUUGCCCCGCCGGUUAUUACGUACAUGAAGGAGCUUUUAUUAACAACAAUAGUCUGGUAGCAGUUGGACAGGAUAUGCGGCAGAUUGAAAUGUUGCAAAGGGAGGCAUCGCCGUUUAAUUGCGCGCUAGAUGUCAGUGAAGGGCCAGGUUUCGACAGCGACUUCGGUGCAAGUGCUGGCGUAGAAAUGAGAAUCGUGUCUUCUGAUUAUUCCAGCAUGAAUGCAACUCAUUAUCUUCGUCACAAAGGAAAGUUGACGUCAUCGAAAAAGCGGACAGUUAAAGCAAAUGACGUCACGCCCCGUGGGAAUGUAACAAACGUCGGAACGCAACCGGAGAAUCCAGCUUCAAACCAGAGAUCAACCUGCAGAAGAAUUGGAUUCGGAGCAAAUCCAGGGGAAACACCUAACUUACCCCCAUUUCCACGUCGUCGCCCAGCAACGGUGGCGGGGUUCGAGGGGUCAAUGCAUCACGUGACCAUGGAGUGGGACCCUUAUGACGUAGGGUAUGGUGAUAAUGGUUGGACCGAAUACGUCAUACCAGGUGUGACGUACCCACCAUAUCCACUGUUGUUGUGUAAAAAGCAAUAUUGGGUGUGAUGUUGAAAUGCUAUUUUUAUAAAAUAUUAAAUGAAAUUUUUAUAAAAUGUCAUUUUUGGAAUUUUUUUGCGAAGACCAGGCACAGUACUGUAACAAUUGAAUCAUUUUACAAGUGUAUAAUCAGUACCCUAAUAAUCAGUACCCUAAUAAACGUUUUUUUCUUUUUGUAUAUGUAUUAUCAAAAAUGUAUUAAAGUUCUCCUGACAUUUGUGCGGAAAUAUAUUGAAAUGUGUAAAA